AUGGCAAUACUCUUCGGAUAUUUGCUCAUUACUUUUGCAGCGCAAGCCUAUAUAUCGAUCCAGGUACAAAACACAUUGAUUGAUUAUGGAAGAACUGACAUUGACAUCAGUUGUAGAGUUAAUGGGACCUCUAUUGAGAGCAUUGAUAUUAUCCAGUUGAAGAGGUCCGAUGCGAAUAUAGUAUCAAUAUCAGAUGAUGGUGUUUCUUGGCAAGAUACAGAGUUACAGACUCGAAGCAAAAUAAAUGCGUCCAUUAUAAAUAUCCUCUCGUCAUACCUAGAUGUAAAGGUAAUGGCUUGCGAUGUCAAUUCAACAAUAGAUGAGGGAUCCUAUGAGUGCGCCGUGCUUGCCACUGGAAACGAAAAUCCCUUGAUUCAAAGGGUUUCAAAUAUAGUAAAUCUAAAUAUUACAGGAUCUUCUGAAAGAAAACAAAAAAAAUGUGCUUUGCGUAGUCAUGCAAUGUUUGUGAAAGGAUCCAUUUUCUUCUUUAUGAAAAUUGCACUGAUACGAAUGAUUUCAUAUUGA